UCUACUACUACUUUUUGUACAUCCACCAUGGGUAUUGUCGAGAAAAUCCAAGACAUUGAGAACGAAAUUAAACGUACUCAAAAGAACAAAGCUACUGAAUACCAUCUCGGUCUUUUGAAAGCCAAGUUGGCAAGAUACCGUGUUCAACUCUUGGAAGGGUCCAAAACCAAGUCAGAAAAGGGAGAAGGUUUUGAUGUGAUGAAAUCAGGUGAUGCGCGUGUAGUCAUGAUUGGUUUCCCUUCUGUGGGUAAAUCUACGCUGCUUUCUAAAUUGACCAGUGCUGAAUCCGUGGCUGCUGCUUAUGAGUUUACGACAUUGACAUGUGUGCCUGGUAAAUUUACCUAUAAAGGGGCUACUAUUCAAUUACUUGAUUUGCCUGGUAUUAUUGAAGGUGCUUCUCAAGGUAAAGGUCGUGGUCGUCAAGUGAUUGCAGUGGCUCGUACUGCUGAUGUUGUCUUGAUGAUGCUCGAUGCAACCAAAUCAGCUCAACAAAGACCUUUAUUAGAAGCAGAAUUAGAAGCUGUGGGUAUUCGUCUUAACCAAAGUUUCCCCAACGUCUCUUUCAAGAUCAAAAAAGCAGGUGGUAUCAGUUUUAAUGCGACUGUCAAACUCACCAAGAUUGAUCAAAAGAUGGUACAUAAUAUCUUGCAUGACUAUAAAAUCUUUAAUGCAGAUAUUGUGAUUCGUGAAGAUAUCAAUGUAGAUCAAUUUAUUGAUGUUAUCCUUGGUAAUAGAAGAUACAUCAAGUGUAUUUAUUGUUAUAACAAGAUUGAUCAAAUCAGCCUGGAAGAAGUGGAUCGUUUAGCCCAUGAGCCUGAUACGGUUGUUGUGUCUUGUGAAGAUGAUCUCAACUUGGACUAUCUGGUAGAGACCAUUUGGAAAAAGUUGAAUUUGAUGCGUGUCUAUACAAAAAAGAGAGGUGAAUACCCUGAUUUCGGUGAUGGUCUUAUUGUGAGAAAUGGAGCUACGAUUGAACAUGUAUGCCAUGCUAUCCAUAGAACAUUAGCAGAUAAUUUUAGAUAUGCCUUAGUUUGGGGUACAUCAACAAAGCAUAAUCCUCAGCGUGUUGGUAUCAAUCAUUAUGUUGGUGAUGAAGAUGUUGUGCAGGUUGUAAAGAAAUAAACCAAUCAAAAGCAUAAAAGUGAGUAGUGUAGUGUCAUUUUAAAUUCCUUAUGUUUAGACCAAAUAACA